AUGGAUCAAAAACAACCUGUAGGCCGGUCUCCAGUAAAAAGAAAUUCGAAAGGAAAGCGAGUAGAUUCUGGUAAGAGACAAAUGAUCAUAAAUGCAUACAAAUCAAAAUUGGAGUCAGAUUCAACAAAGUCGUUACGAACAAUCCGGCAAGAGUUAUCAAAAGAAUUGGGCAUUGGAGCAACAACAAUUUCCACAACAAUUACGGAGUACAACAAUUCAAAAACGGUAAUAUCUCCUAGUAAAACUCGUAUCAAAACAUCCUUCCGCGAUACAUAUUAUGAAGAGUUUGAGAGAAAUGUGGUUCGUAGACAUGUGCACAGUUUUUGGUUUAAACGCGAAAUUCCUACGGUUGACAAAAUACAUAAAGCAGUUUCCGAUGACGACUCCUUACCGAAUAUUUCAAGGACAAAUCUUUUUAGACUCUUGAAGGAUAUGGAAUUUAGGUACAGUAAACGCAGUCGAAAUAGUGCGUUGACUGAAAAAACUGAAAUAGUGUUGUGGCGUAGACGGUAUCUCGAACAAUUGCGAAAAUACCGAGAUGAGGGUCGACAUUUGUAUUAUCUCGACGAGACCUGGGUAAAUGCUGGUGAAUGUACAAGUAAAACGUGGAUCGAUACAACAAUUAAAUCACCCCGAGACGCGUUUUUACAAGGCCUAACAACUGGUGCCGUAAAUCCAACAGGAAAAGGCAAACGCCUUAUUGUAUUGCAUAUAGGGUCAGAAGACGGCUUUGUUCCCGGCGCACUAUUGUGUUUCGAGUCAAAAAAAAAUACCAGAGAUUAUCAUGACGAAAUGAACGGGGAGACAUUUUAUGAAUGGAUGGAGGGUGUACUGCCUCGAUUAAAAGAGAACAGUGUUAUAAUCAUGGACAAUGCCUCAUAUCAUUCUGUGAAGAUAGAUAAAGCACCUACGUCGCAAAAUAAAAAGGAUGAUAUUAUAAAAUGGUUGGUAGAUAAAGGCGAAAUUAUAGACAGACACAUGGUUAUUCAACAACUUCUGGAAAUUGUGAAAAGGAUCAAACCACAACAUCAAAAGUACGCAGUUGAUGAACUGGCAAAAAAACAUAAUCGGGUUAUACUUCGACUUCCUCCAUAUCAUUGCGAGCUUAACCCGAUUGAACUGGCAUGGUCAUCGGUUAAAAACUACGUCAAAAUGAACAAUAAAACCUACAAAUUACCCGAUGUAAAAAAAUUAUUGAUCGAGGGCGUCGAGCGUGUGAAUGCUGACAUGUGGAAGAAUUUUAUUAGCCACACGAAAAAAGAAGAAGAUAAAUUUUGGGAAAUCGACUUCAUCGUAGAUGACGUAUUGUCGGCAGAGGUGGAACCGGUGGUAAUGACAAUCGGAGAUACAACAUCAGACGAAUCUUCCGAGAUUGAAUCUGAUUAA